UUAAAAUACUGUCAAACUCUAAAAUGAGGAUGGUUAUGAUUUUAUCAGUUGAUUUUUACAAAGUGUAAAACAAAUUUUAAUUAAAAAUACGUGGGCUUAAAUUAGAAGUUCUGUUGGCUACAUUUACAGCUUUGCUACCAAAUUCAUGUUGUUUUCAUGGCGGCUGUAUGCUUUAGAGAGAGUAAGGAAAUAAUAUUUUGGUUGUAAAUCAUCCUUGAAGAAAAGUGGUUUAUUUUAAAAUGUGAUUGAAGAUCUUGUGUGAUACUGUGACCGUAUGGAGUAACGUUUAGUUACAGGACGGUAGAAAAUACCUUUUUACAGAAAAAAAACCUUUGACGGCGCUUUUAGAACGUUCACUGACAGAUCGGAAAUGUUAGACUUGUUUUGUUUACUUGCUUAGAUAUUAUUUGAAGUUCAUUAUGGACAGUAUUAGCGAAUUGGUUAAGUUUUGAGCCAUAUUUCGUACCAAAAAAUAUCGACAACACAUACUUCUGCGAGAUGGUUUUUAUUUUAGCAAGCAUGAUGAAGUUAAUUUCUGUUGAUGUACCUUACGCACUGUACUGUUGAGCGAUAUUGCAAUACAAGCUGCGUCCAAAAGUUGGGAUCCAAGGCUUCGUAACAAUAAUGUGCAUAUUGGGGUCCUAAGUUUGCACCAGCAGGUUCGAUUACCGCCAGGUGACCCUGCGAGCACCGAUGGCACUGGAGUCCAACGCCUGGCUCGCGACCAGCAGCACGGCCGGCCGGGACCAGCAGCAGCACGCGGGGGCGGCGAAGCCGCGGGAGGACCCCGCCCUGGGCCCCGUGGCCCAGCAGAGCUUCGCGGCGGGGGGCACCGCGGCGGGGGAAGACGCGGCCCAGGGCCAGCAGCGCGGCCUGCUCAAGAUCCCCUCCUCCGCGGGCAAGUGCUCCAUGUUCACGCAGACGGAGCACACCAACAGGUUCACCCAAACAGAGCACCCGACAACCAGGUAUGCUGGGAACUGUUUGGAAAACAACAGCAACGCUGUGAGCUGCAAGACUGAUUCAAGUGCAAUGUUCGACCCUUCGACAAUGCAGCAGCCGCAGCAGCAGCCACAGCAGCAGCAACAGCAGCAGAGUACAAACACACAAAUAUACGCAGCCAACAACAGCGACGCCAAACCGAAGGACGGCGACAAGUCUGCGAACACGGUGGAGUUCCCGUUCUGCUACAACGUGAACAUGCUGCAGAAGGUCCACCAGCAGCAGGGUGCGGCCGGCGUGCCCGUCGCGGGAAUAACCGGCGACGACAAGGGCUGCUACCGCUUCGACGUCGCCCAGCCGUUCACCUACAACUACGCUCUGGUGAACCAGAUGUCUCUGGCGGCGGCUGCGUCGACCGCGACGUUCAAGUGCGACGUCUGCGGGCUGGUGUUCAGCCACCUGUCGCUCCUGAACCACCACAAGCGGGUGCACACGGCGGGCGGCGCGGAGCGGCAGCACACGUGCGACCUCUGCGGAGCCUGCUUCAACCUGGCCGGCGAGCUGAAGAGCCACAAGACCAGCGUGCACGGCAAGAACGCCCAGAACCACAACCACGUCAAGUGCUGCGACUCGUGCGGCGUGGAGCUCACCGGCUGCGAGCACCAGAUGGUCGCGGGCAAAGGCAAGAAGGGGAAAUUCAUAAAGUGUGAGACGUGCAUGGAGAUGAGCGCCGGCGGCGCCGGGAACAGUUCGAACGGGUCCGUGGGGAACGGAGCGUUCAGCGGCAGCAGUUCGGGAGGCGAGGGAAACUCGAACAAUUCUCCGCCCGUCGUCGGCAUCAAGCCGGGACACCAUCCGGUGAAGCGUAGAGGAAUCGCGAGCGUGACCAAGUGUCACAAGUGUAACGGUUCUGGCUUGAUAUUCAUCGGCGGCACACGUAACACCACCGCUGUGGACAAGCCGUUUCACUGCAAUGUGUGCGAUGGCACUUUCUCCCGUUACUCUAGCCUGUGGAGUCAUAAGCGUCUCCACAGCGGGGAUAAACCUUUCAAGUGUGAAAUCUGCGGUCUUGCAUUCGCGAAAGCGGCAUACUUGAAAAACCACUGCCGUGUUCACACCGGCGAGAAGCCUUUCAAGUGUGCCGUUUGCGGGAUGCAAUUCUCGCAGUCACCUCACUUAAAAAAUCACGAACGUAUUCACUCGGGCGAGAGACCGUAUCAGUGCGAAGUCUGCGACAAGACGUUCGCUCGGCACUCCACCCUGUGGAACCACCGCCGCAUUCACACGGGAGAAAAGCCAUACCGUUGCGAGGUUUGCGGCUCUGCAUUCAACCAGGCCACUCAUCUGAAGAACCACGCCAAGGUACACACAGGAGAAAAGCCCCAUCGCUGCGACGUUUGCGAGGUGGGGUUCGCGGAUCGCUUCGCGCUGAAGCGCCACCGCGGCAUACACGAGAAGUACGGCCGCACCGGCCCCAAUGUGCCGAGCAGCGCUGCCAACACAGCGGGGCCCGCCGGCAACCAGGGCCCCGCGAACGGCAGCAGCCAGCAGGCCGGCAACCCGAGCAACGCCCCGCAGCAGACGACGAUGGAGGAGCUGUACAAGUGCGAGGUGGGCGGGCCCAUCGCCUUCCCCGGCUGCUCCCGGCCCCACGACGACAAGCAAUGAGACAAGGUGCUCGGUGUGGUGAUCGCGGGCGCCGGGGCAGCGCAGUAUCACGAGCUGAUCAUCGGCGAGGGGAUCCUGUGAACUGCAUCUUGGCGUGGUUUUAUUUUGAGAGACUCCUUGGGUGCGCCGUCCCUUCGGCUCCGCGGUGAGGUCGGCCCGGCAGCGAACUGGCGUUUACCGUUGGCCCCCCUCCCGGGCCGACGGUACUCUUCAGAUCCUUGCAUGGCCGGCGCCACUCAGAGACGGACUUGUGCCGCCGAUGUUCGAUAAAAGUACAGUACAAACAUACUUUCAGACAUCACAAGUUUCACGCGUCGCUCCGAGGAAGUUUUCCGUUCCGUUGACCCAAAUCCUGAUAUUUAACACUAUCACAUGUUGUUGUUAGGCUGGACAUUGUAAAAUUUUUAUUGUGUAUAUAGAUGUUAACGUAAGCCGUAAUAUCAUUUGUGCAUAAAUUGUUUCUUGCUUUCAUUGUAGUCUAGCCUGAGAGUCAGAAAACUAAAAUUAACUUUUUUGUACAACAGAACCUUUGAGCCUGUAAAUACAAAGUAGAUGAUUUUUUUUAUCAUCAUUUAUAUUUCCGGUUUUUUUUUGUAAAUAUAUGAAUCAUUGUUCACGUCAUUGCUUUAACUAAAAAAUAAAAGAAUGAGUAACAUUUAUGUCAGAGUACAAUAACUGUCAUUGGGGCUAUGGUUGCACUCUAGUGUAAUCUAAUGAAAUUUGAAAUAAUAUUAUUGUUCUAUAGUACCUGUAGUUGGUAUUAUAAAAUGUAUGGUUUUUUGAGAUCAGGAAUUGUAGGAGUAUAUUUGUGGUAAAACUGGAAGAUAUAAGUUUUUUAUAAACUUAAAUUCUCAAUACUUUGUUAGCACAAGAGUUUAACUGCUACUGGCAUAGCCUGUAGUAAUGCAAAUAAUAAACAAAAAUCAAAAUAGGAUUUACAUUUGAUUGUUACAAAUAAACAUUUUUUAAUAUAUAUAUAUUUUUCUUGCAUUUCCCACAGAUUAUUUUUUAUGUAAGUAAUUUGAUAUAGUUUUGAAAAUAUUUAUUUACUGAAUCCUUCAAUUUAUUUAUUUACUGAAACCUCAGAAGUCCUUUAUCAUUUUAAAGUAAGGUGUUUGUAGCAGCAGACAUGUUAUAGAAUGUAUUGAAUAAAAUUAUUUACUGUGCACUAGUAACUUCUUCAUUCACUUUGUGUGUAUGUUUUAAAGUCCUUGGAAAUAGAGAUCUCAUUAGUCCUAGGUUAUCCAUGGCCUAUUAAUCGCUAUAUUGGAUCAGUGAAUGUGUAAUGACUGGGAAAAUAUAAUCAUCAAAAACCAACCUCCAUUGCUUUUUCAGAGAGAGAAUAUGAUGUAAUUUAUGCCUGUGAAAGUUGCAUUUGUAAAAUCAGGAUGGGCCAAUAUUUCCAAAUUCCUUUGUGCUGAUCAUAUGUUUGGUUUCAAAACACUGCUUUUGAAUACUCAAUACAUGGAGUGGUUAUAACAUAAGUUUUGAGUUCUUAAAAUUUUGAAUGGUGUGCAAAGAUAUCAGAAUUUGCUGGGUAAAUGACUAGUAUUUGUGCAUCAUUUGUAAGAAGUUCCUUAGUUAAUAUUGCCGGUAUUUAUUCUAUAUGUUUCUUGAAAAAUACAUAUUUACAUACUUUAAUUUUUUUACUUGUGCUUUAUGCACUUACAUAAACUAAUUUGAAGUCAUGUUAGUUUGUUGAGCCAGCCCCAUCGUUAACGUUUAUACUCUUGUAAUAAAAAUCCUAUCUUGUUAUUGGCUCUUAAGUUUACCCUUUUAAAAUUGCAGGCAGCGGGCAAAGACAAUGUAGAGGGGAGUUAGUUAAUCUGGCUAAGAGUGUAGGUUUAAUGGCUGCAGAUCAGAGAAAGAAACGUUGGUGAUGGUACCAGCAAGAUGGUUGUGUUAAUGUUACUUUGUGCCUGCAAAACUGCUGGUAGAUAGUUUCUGGCCAUUAAUAAUUUCAUUUUUCGGCUGUUGUGCCGAUUAUCUUCUCACAGAACAAUAUCUGGUUGUGAUUUCCUGCCGCAGGGGAGGGGUAGUGGAUUAGCAACAAGGAUGAUUUAGCCAACUGUAUAGCCCUUCCCUCCCGGCCAUCAACCCCUAGGUUCUUUAUGUUGGAGGGUUGGCGGUCCACAUCCAGUCACUGCAGCUGUCUAUCCGCCCUCUAGCCAGGCUUGCGUAAGUUUGCUGCUCUUUUAGUGAAAAAAAGUUGGUCUGACCUGUGCGGAGCUUAUGCGAGCAAUUGCAACCACUGGUUCACACAACUGCAACUUAACAUUUAAACAAACCAUGACAAUUUGUCUUUCGCAAGAGCAAGGGAUGUGUACAUAUUCUUUAUGCCGUUUUUUGUUUUGUAACAUUUGUAACAUAGGGUGUUCUUUUUUGCAUUGUAAACAAAUUUUAAGUACGAUAAUACGUGUUGCUACUAACAAGGUUCGUGGACGUUAGCCUUCUAAAAAGUUUAAAUUUCUUUUAUCAAAAUUGCAUUGAGCAUAACUUGUGAACUUACUGCCAUUGUCAGGAUGGUGAGUGUGAAAGCAAUUUUAACUGCGGAGUAAAGAGACACGUAAAUUUUGUACAGCUAUUCCUGGCUUAUUAGAUUAUUAGCAGAAGGUUCAGUAAUUUAAUUUAAAAUAUUUAGAUAUACGCCAAUGGAGAUAGGUUUUGUCACAGAAAAUAUUGAAUUUGCAAUAAUAAAUUUUAAUAUGUGAGACAAGCUAAAAGUAUUUUCAUCUACACACAGAGAACUCUGAAGACAAAAUUAUAAACUAAAUAAUUAAAUAAAACAAUAAUGAAAGAAUACACAGAUACUUACCUUAUUUUUAGGUGUGUAAGACCAGAAUUUUAUGCAAUUUUGAAACACAAAAAUAAGGGUUUAAGUGUUGAAUAUGCUGCACCUGUAUCCUAACUGUAUUCCCAGUGAUGAUAGGACGUGGCCAGUCCUUAAUUUUUAGGGAACUGAUUUUUUUUUCCGUUGCCUAUAGGUUUCCCAAAUUCUGCACAAACGCAGAGCUUACUUUCUCGUUGAUUUCGUCCAGAUGGCAGACCCUCGUCUGGUGCCAUCAACUCAUAUAGUCACUUUUGUGAUCAUCAGAGGAUGUACCAAGCGUGUUGGUGUGCCAGAUGAAGUUUAUGGUAGUGAAUACAUUCUGGAAUAUAUUUUGUACACUUUAAUUGUCAUAACAAGCAAUAAUUAUUGCAACUUAAAAAGUACUUGAGAAAAUUAGAAAGGCGGUUCUAUUUUUUUGUAAUGGUGCUGCUGUCUCUAGUAUUUUUGCUAUAACAAUUCUAUAGAUGGUUGUGAAACAUCCGCUAGAAUGUGUUGGAACAAGUUUAUAGCCUCGGGCAGGGCACAGUUUAUUAUAAGGGUCGCCAAUCUGUUUCCUUAUUAGGAUUCGAUUUGGACACAUUCUGGAAUAUGGCCCAUGAGUUAGGUUAAGGUUAUAUCCCAAUAAGGCAGUGCUUAUUUGCUACUGCACCCGAACGUCUUGGAAUACCACCUUCAAAUUUGCUACUUAUGUUAUAUUCUUGCCCAGUGCUGUACCCCAUGAGGCACAACAUUAGACGUUAGUUUUUAAUAACGAGCUAGAGAAGUGCUAUGCAGAAAUAUAAUUUUAAUUUCAAAUUAAAUAUCCAACAAACUGAGGGGCGUACCGGUGUUAAGGUUCGAAUUACUGGUGGUAAUAGUGGGCGCCACCACGUGAGUGGGCACGUGGACCCGGCUUGAAACUCUAACUCAGGGCGUUACGUGGCCCGUGUGCGGCGAGAUAUUAGCCCUCCUAAUUUUUAAUGCAACACCUGUUCCUAACCGAGCUCGCUCUCAGCGUCGGGCACGCUUAUAAUUAACCGCAGUGGGCUCUUAGGGCGUCCCACACGCCGCUGACUGGCUGACCCACGUGGCCCCCCCGAACACAAAGACACGUGACUCAAUUAAGUUGGUUUUAUUUACUCACGUUACGCGCCCUUAUACAAUCCUUCCUUGAUACUGUUAGAAAACGCCCGAGGCACGAAUCGAUUUAGGUGAGGAGGUGAACCACGCACGUAGUCGCCUCAAAUCGUUACUUAUUACACGGAUGACUAAAAACUCCGGAGAGUAUAAGAGCUAUUAAUUAAACAGUCUCUCCGACCGAGAGAGGCCCCGAGGAUAGAAUGAAAAUGAUUUGAAUAAAUUAACUGAGCAGAACUACUUAUCGUUGAAACAACGGUGAUGUCCUCUGGGUGUCUGCAGAGACGUCCGCUCUCGGCCGGCUGAAGAAGGAGACUGGACUGAGACAAGGGCUUGCGGCAGGCAACAUGGUGCCCUUCGCGCCGAACACAAUUACCGUUAACAUCUUAGCUAUUGCGUGCCCCGGGUUAUUAUUGAAAAUAACAUGAACUCUUUAUAAAAAUUAGCACAUCACAUCCAUGACCAGACCGUCUGUAAUUAUUACUUAUGUGGUAAAAAAUAGUUUAAAUCAAGUUACAUGUUAGUUCCGUCGUCGCCCGCUAGGGAGCGUCCUUGUCCGUGCUUGCUCGUAUUUUAUUACAAAAACAUAAUAAAUUAAUGAAACAAAAGGCACUCACGUACAUAAUCGUCGUGACACUAUUUUGGGGCGAAAAGAAAAGGGUUACAAUAAUUAUUAAUACAUAUAGGGGUGCGGCGCACUGCAGCUAAGUGCCCUCUUGCUGUAGUUCGUGGUGCGCAGUUUAAAUCUCACACGGCUACGUAUGUCACGAUACAAAUGCCGGGUAGGAAAGGUGGUGGGAAAGGGAACGGAGGAUGAUCAGGCUCAUGGGGCGAAGCCCCGGCUGACGUCAAAACAUAAACAUUAACCACGUUCUCUGGUUUGUACACUGCUUCUUGUAGUACAGGUAUGAUAUAGUUUCUGUGAACACAAACAACACGUAAUUAUACAGCUGGUAUUUUAAGAUUUACUUAAAUUAUAAAAAGACCUUGCUUUUAAUUAUUAUUCAUACAAAUUUUUCUGCAAAAUUAAACAAGGCCAUACAAUAUUACUUUCCAGUUCAUCUGAACUUCAGUUACAAUUGUAUUUUACUGUACUGGAUCAGCUGUCAGAAAGUUAACACAUAACAAGAUAAUGACAGCUCAAUUAAUAUUAAAAACUCUUCACGAAAAUUCCUUCCAAAUAAUUUACAAAUUUAUCAAUUAACUUAUCGCGACUUGAUAAAAAUAAAUUAAAUGUCUUUUUACAGUUGUGAUUUCAAAAAUAUUAUAGCUUUAACUCUGUGAAAACUUUCAAUAGUUUGUACGCUUCUUCAGCAAGUUGAAACUCGCUCGCAAUAAAGCGUACGAAUGAGCUGUCGCUCGCCUUCAGUUCUGGUGUCACACUUGUGCGAGUGCGCAGACAGGUUCCCUCGGUGAGUGGACCACUCGUUGGCUUCCGCACUCGCUCGGCCAUUUCCCCGCUGCCAUGCUCGCUCUCGACGCUGCAGCACACCCGGAAGCCUGCCUCCAGUUUCCUGAGCUACGCCUCAGAUGCCAAUUUGUCGUGACUAUCUCUGCAACUGCAAGUAGGUCACGUAGCUCUACAGACUUGUGGUAGUUUUUGGAAAUUCGUGUUCAGUACAGCGGUGAGCACACAAUUUUUCAGGUAGCACCUCGGUUUGUUUGUGACUGCUAUGUCAGUCCGGUUGUCAAAAGUGUAAUUAAAUAUAGCCUUCUGCACCUUACACCCGCCGAACAAGACUGCCUUAAAAUUUUCGCGGUUGAAAAGUUGCUUACAACUUUCGUCGCUGUGUAGUAGGCUCAUUUGAAAACAAGACUACUCGCACUGCAGAGAUCCCUUGUAGACUCAGCUGGUACGACUGCACACGUCCAUGACUCGUUAGCUCUUUGACACCAGCGUACUCGUUCUCAGUUCUGUGCUCAUCCUCGCUGAAGAUGGGCUAAGUCCUUUUCGCAAAAUGUGUCUUACCACUCGUGGAUGGCUAAGUCCAGCUGAAGUUUCACUGCUCCUCAGUCGGGCAGCGUGACAUUGCGUGGUGGUGGUUGGUGUGAUGUGAAGCCUGCUCUAUCGUGCUGAUCGGUCGCUUUCAAUCUCUGCUCACACAUUGUCUUGGCUUGCUGGGGUCCGCUGUUUAUACCCAUGAGCUUGGUAAUGAACAUUUCUAUUAGGAAUGCUCUAUACAAUAGUCGCCACUUGGUCACGUGGCGAUGAUGUCAUGGCCGGCGCAGGCAGCCAACUUCUGAAAGUGGCGACGAGCCCACGCGGCGAUGGUUGAAGUAGGCAGGCCUGCCACCAGGGGGCAAUUGUAGGCGGGUGGCCUGCCUCCAGGUGCCAAUACUCGGAGCACACCUGAGUCGCUUACACAACAAUAUUUCAAGUACAUUUCACAUGUAAUAAUGUGACAAGAUGUGACAGGUCGUCUUACGUGACAGUAAUUGUGUCAUCGCUGCGUGGAGUCCGCAGCACUCACACAUUGCCGUAGACAGAAGAGGCACCACUCCCCUGGCCCUCCAUUGCUGGAAAAAAAAAAUGGUUAUUGUGUAGCUCAAAAACAGAUUUCUUUUGAAAACACUAUAAUGUUUCUUUAUAAAGUAUAGCCAUUUUUUACCAAAUAUGUUGUUGAUAAUCAACUCGUGGAGUUUUCCCGGCUAAAAAUUUUCUUCUGCCCAUUCAUUUCUCUCCCCCCACAACCUUCAACUCACAUACACACACACACAUACUUCCUUCUAUUCAGUGUUAUGUUGGGCAAGGGGGUGGUACUAAUGCUACCAUUGCGUGAAAAAGGAUGAGGAAGAAUUAUUUUAAGAAUGAAUGAACUAGUUUUAGCUGUUUUUACCUUUGUGUUCUCAAUUACAACCUCCAUGUGUUGAUGUUCUGUAUUUUUGGUUUAUAUGAGUUUUUAUUCUAUGCUACAGUGUUUAAAAACAAAGGAAGUUAAAUCUGAUCUUCCGUUCCCCUCACCCCUUUGAUUUAUGAAAUUGCUGGUCUACAAUUUCCUGCUAGCCUGACAUCUUAUGCAAAGGUACUAGUUUAUUUUCUAGUUUUCUCUACUGAAGGUUUGACCUUAUUUAUGUGCUACAAACUAUGGUAUGGAAAAUACUCUGGAUAUCAGAUUGAAGAUGGCACAGAGUGAAAAACUAAAUGUACUUGCACAACAUCUGGUCAGCAUUUGCAUUUUAUUGUAGGGAUAUAUUAUUGCAGGAAUCCUGUUUUUGCUUUUGGUUUCUGUGUUAAAUGUGCUUUGAAUUCCCUGCAAAGAUGUCUUUUGCAUGGGUACAUAUGUAAUGUAAGAGUAACUGUUACACUGUUUCUGCCUAUUACAUCAUUAGUUUUAGAAUUUUUGUUAUAAUGGAAUAGCAUAAAUUUCCUGUGUGUUAACAAUUAAAAUUUCAAUAAUUUUGUAAAUUUAUAUUUAUUUCACUAUAACACUUGAUUUUUUCAAACCAUGCUUUUAUUAGCUUGACCUAUAUGUAUGUAUGUAUGAAUGGACUACGUAAUAAAAUCUUUCCAGUCUA